AACGCCCAUUUCCUCCCUGAACCGGUAGUGGUAAUCCCGCACCAACCAACGACCUGUUUAUUCCUCACCACAACAAUAAACGGCGACGAGUGGAUAUUUUCGAAUGUUUGCAAAAUAAUUCAAAUAAACUAAAUCCAAAUCUGGACUCCGAAUCCAAGGACAUGCUGUCGGACGCAGACUACCCCGGGAACGGCUCCGGCGCCCGGCGAGCCAAGAGGAGGAGCUCCGGGGAAUCUCCGGGCGACGGCCAGGCCCUACGAUCCUCUGGGAGGCAGUCCAACGUCCGGGUAAAGCGGGCCAACAACCCCCCACCUGGACAGAGCAAAAGGAAAGCUACAGACACGGAAGAGGAAGAUGACCAGUCAGAGAAGAAAUACAGGAAGUGUGAGAAGGCGGGCUGUUCGGCCACGUAUCCCGUCUGUUUUGCAAGCGCUUCUGAAAGAUGUGCUAAAAACGGAUACACGUCCCGCUGGUACCAUCUGUCGUGCGGCGAGCACUUUUGCAAUGAGUGCUUCGAUCACUAUUACAGAAGUCAUAAAGACGGCUAUGAGAUAUUUUCCGCCUGGAAAAAAGCAUGGACAAGUAACGGCAAAAGCGAGCCCAGUCUCAAAGCCUUCAUGGCAGAUCAGCAGCUUCCCUACUGGGUGCAGUGCACCAAACCCGACUGUCGGAAAUGGCGUCAGCUGACCAAGGAGAUCCAGCUGACCCCCUCGUUGGCAGCCACAUACCGUUGUGGGAUGAAGUUCAACAAUGUCAAGAACGAAGGGCCGGACCAGUGCUCCCUGCCAGAAGACCUGAGAGUGGCGGAGGUGACGGACAGCUGGUGGCACUCGAUGCUCAUUUUGCCGCCGUUGUUCAAAGACAGCCCGGCCACGCCUUUCCUGGCCGCCUACUAUCCCGACUGCGUGGGCAUGAGUCCGUCCUCCUCUCCCGGCGGGGCGUCGCUGAGCGAGCUGAGGGCCGACCACUGCAGAGCCGUCCAGCCCCAAAUCGCAGGCUUGUGUCCGUACUUCCAGCCCUUCUACCAACCCAACGAAUGCGGCAAGGCUCUGUGCGUCAGGCCCGACAUGAUGGAACUGGACGAACUUUAUGAAUUCCCGGAAUUCUCCCGCGACCCCACCAUGUAUUUGGCGCUGCGCAAUCUCAUUUUAGCCUCCUGGCACAAAAACUGCAAGGAGGUUCUGACUGUCCAGAAGUGCAUCAUGCACGUGGUGGUGCGCGGGCUGGUGCGUGUACGAUGCGUGCAGGAAAUGGAGCGUGUGCUCCAUUUCAUGACCAGGAAAGGCCUCAUCAACACGGGGGUGCUGGCGGUCCAGCGGCCCCUGCUGCCCGAGAAGCAUCGCGCGAAGAACGUCAUAGUGAUCGGCGCGGGGGCCUCGGGGCUCGCCGCUGCACGCCAGCUGCAGAACUUUGGCACUCAGGUGCUGGUGUUGGAGGCUCGCGAGAGGAUCGGCGGUCGCGUGUGGGACGACAUGGCCUUGGGCGUCAUCAUGGGUCGGGGAGCUCAGAUCGUCAACGGCUGCGUGAACAACCCGGUCGCCCUGAUGUGUGAGCAGAUGGGCGUUCGCAUGCACAAACUGGGAGAGCGCUGUGACCUGUUUCAGGAGGGCGGGCAGGCCACUGACCCCGCCAUUGACAAGCGCAUGGAAUUCCACUUUAACGCCAUUCUGGACGUGGUGUCGGAGUGGAGGAAGGACAAGUCGCAGAGCCAGGACACGCCGCUUGGAGAAAAGGUGCAGGAGCUUAAAAAGAACUUUCUUCAGGAGUCCGGCAUCCAGUUCAGUGAGUUGGAGGAAAAAGUGCUUCAGUUUCAUCUCAGCAACCUGGAGUACGCCUGUGGCAGCUCUUUAAACCAGGUUUCUGCAAGAUCCUGGGACCACAACGAAUUCUUUGCACAGUUCUCAGGAGACCACACGUUGCUCACCCAAGGCUACGGCACUCUGCUCCACAAACUAGCCGAGGGCCUGGACAUCCGCAAAAAGUGCCCGGUGAAGACCAUUGAUUACUCAGGUGAUGUUGUCAGAGUUACUUGCUCAAAUGGCUCCCAGUGGACAGCAAAGAAGGUUCUGGUCACAGUGCCGCUGACGUUGCUGCAAAAGAAUUUUAUCCAGUUCGUCCCGCUGCUUCCUGAGAGGAAAGUGAAAGCCAUCCACAGUUUGGGAGCAGGCAUAAUAGAGAAGAUCGCGCUGAAGUUCCCGUACAGAUUCUGGGACAACAAGAUCCAAGGGGCCGACUACUUCGGUCACAUCCCGCCGACUCUCGACAAGCGAGGCAUGUUCACUGUCUUCUACGACAUGGACCCACAGGGGAAGCAGGCGGUUCUUAUGUCCGUUAUCGCCGGGGAUGCCGUCGCCGCCGUGCGGGACAUGCAGGACAAGGACAUCGCGGGCGAAUGCAUGAAGGUGCUGCGUGAACUAUUCAAGGAGCAGGAAGUCCCAGAGCCCCUGCAUUUCUUGGUCACACACUGGAGCAAAGACGCAUGGUCGCAGAUGUCCUACAGCUUUGUGAAAAUGGGCGGCAGUGGCGAGGCGUACGACAUUAUCGCCGAGGACGUUCAGGGGAAAUUGUUCUUUGCAGGCGAGGCCACCAACCGGCACUUCCCUCAAACGGUGACUGGCGCCUACCUGAGCGGGGUCCGAGAGGCCAGCAAGAUGGCUGCUCCCUGAGAGUUCACUGAGCGCUUCGAACUCACCAGCAUGGACACACGGGUUGAAACGCACCACAAAACUGUGUCUCUCUCUCACACACACUUACACGCCACGUGAACCACCAAGGGCUUCAGAAAAACUCUGGUGCUCAAUCCCAACAUGCCGUGAAAAAAGAAAAAAAAACCUGGGACCUGCUUGGCUUGGCUGGAUCCCCCUGAGCAUCAGACAUUGCUAAACUUUGUUAACCAGCAAGGCUGACCUGAGUAGUUCUUUAAAAACUAACCUUUUUUGUUCCUCACUGUUUUAUGAAGCAAGUGAUGUGUUGUGAUCGUGCAUGUAAAAGCUUACAUGUGUAGAAGUCAAGAGUACGUCUGUUGUAGCACUUUUGGGAUUGGGGAUGCUCAUUUGAGCCAAAGCAGAGUUAGUAGUAUUAGUUGAUAUGUUUGUAAACAAUUCACAUAAAGUUUGUGAUAUGAAGCUUUGGGGGUCACAUUUCAGGAGGAAACUAAAAUGCACUUUAACCGUUGCAAGUCAAACCUGACCUGAGUCUUUACAGCAGGUUACAAAGAUACAGAGAGAGUGGUAGUGUCACAGAAAGGCGUAGAAGUAACUGUCAUUUUAUGUACUUCUUGAAAUUUCACCCCAAAAAGCCAAAUAUGCUUUUUUUUUUUUUGUGAGUAAUACAACAAACUAUUUACUUUCUCAGGGAUGACAUCAGGACAGGCAGUACAAAAAUUCACCUGAUUAAAAAUGAACAAAGUUACACUUAACGUUAUCCGUUAUGUGUUUGUCCCUCAGUGCUGAUUUAAAAAUGUUCAGCAGCACAAGAGCAUCCUCACUGUUUCUGAUGUUUGGCCGCUGUUCCCCUUGUUGUUUUCCAAAUAUGCGACGUUUCGAGACGAUUCUGUUUGUCAGGUAUUUCGGCGCUUAUUAUUUAUCUGCGAUACUGUCUGUCUAAUAAACUGUGCUGCAAACUGC